AUGCAGAACCUCAUCCUCAUCUCAGCAGCCUUCGCGGCGUCGGCGACCGCUUCACUUCUUCCGCGCCAGGGAUCUAGCCAGCAAGACCCAUCCGACUACCUUGACUAUGUCUGCAUGCCUACCAACUCAAGCGGCUACCCAGACUUCAACGCACCAUGCAUUGCUGUACAGGCCAUCACCGCCGAAUGUAUCUAUGGCGCUGCUGGGCUUAGUGUUAUAAUGGCCUCGGGAAGCGACAAUGGCGCCGAAAUCGAUGAGGACACCCCUAUGCUGAGCAACAGCACCCAGCGCAACUGCGUUUGCCAAAGCCAGUUCUUCAACGCACUGAGUGGCUGCAACAACUGCUACAAAGCCCACGGCGCCCCUAGUGGGCUGGAUGGCUACGUCGACCAAUCCUUCAUCGCAAGCGCUAGCUCGAGCUACUGCGCCGUCACCAACACACCCACUGCAGGCCUUGCGGAUGUUCUUUAUGGCUAUGCCACAGGUAGCGUCGCGAGCUCCCUGCAAAGUGUGGCCAGCACAGCCAGUCAAACCAGCACAUUCUCCGACCCGCUGGGCAACAACACCGCCGUCUCGGCCUAUUUCACCCCAUCCGUCACUGGCUCCGCUUUCUGGGUCGUAGCGCAGGCAACGCAGACUGCAAGCAAUAGCACUGGCUCGAGCUCUGGCAGUGUUAGCGGCCAAAUUGUGGCCACUAGUGCUCCGGCCUCUUCAGCAGCAGGCACUUCCAGCCGAGUAAGCGGUUCCGCGUCUGGAGCGUCCGCUUCGGCAAGCACGACGGCCGGUAGUGGAGCUGGCAAGCAGGAGCUUGCGGCGGUUGUGGGAGCGCUAGCAUUGAUGGCUGGCGUGGUGGCUUUGUAA